AUGGCUGACCUCUGCAAACUCCUCAAAGUCCGACAGAUCCGGACCAGCGUGUACCAUCCACAAACCGAUGGGCUCGUGGAACGUUUUAACAAGACCCUUAAGCAGAUGCUGCGGCGUGUCGUGAAAGAGAAGCAGCUCUAUCAUAUAAAUCUGUUGAAGCGCUGGGUGGGGACUGGGCCCCAGCUCUCGGCCCUCGCCACCACCUCUCCCGUGGUUGUGGACAUGGAUCCCAAUCUCUCCGCGGCCCAGAAAACGGAACUGCAGCACCUGGUCGGUCAGUUCUUGGAUGUAUUCUCCCCUCUGCCAGGGCGGACGACCGUCAUCCAGCACAAAGUCCGAACACCACCAGGAGUUAUCGUCCGGCAGCGGCCCUAUCGUGUCCCGGAGGCUCGGCGACACGCAAUCGAGACCGAGUGGCCACUGGCAGUACCGGGUCCUUCCCUUCGGCCUGCACUGGGCCCCCGCCACAUUCCAGAGGCUCAUGGAUGUCCUGCUGAGGCCCCAUAUGGCCUACGCCACGGCCUACCUCGACGACAUGGUCAUCCAUUCAGAGACCUGGGGGGAGCAUUUGGAGCGGCUCCGGAGGGUGCUGCUGGACCUCCGUCGGGCGGGGCUCACCGCCAACCCCCGGAAAUGUCACCUGGCUCUCUCCGAAGCCAAGUACCUGGGCUUCUGCGUGGGACGCGGCCUCAUCCGCCCCCAGGAAAAGAAGGUGACAGCUAUCCUCUCGGCACCGCGGCCCACUACCAAGACCCAGCCUCUUCCCUGACAGAUCUGACCAGGAAGGGGCAACCCGAGAAGGUAGCCUGGAGUCCAGAAGCGGAAGAGGCGUUCCAGCAGGUGAAGUCAGCCCUCACCACGGAGCCAGUCCUGCGAGCCCCCGAUUUCAACUGCUCCUUCCUGGUGCAAACCGACGCCUCGGACACCGGGUUGGGAGCCGUUCUCUCCCAGGUCCAGGACGGCGAGGAACACCCGGUGAUCUUUAUUAGCCGGAAGCUGACCCCGACCGAACAACGGUAUGCCGCCGUGGAGAAGGAAGCACUGGCCAUCAAGUGGGCAGUCCUGGAGCUUCGCUAUUACCUCCUCGGACGCCGGUUCACCCUGCUGACAGACCAUGCGCCACUGCAGUGGAUGGCCCGCGCAAAGGACACCAACCCCAGGGUGACCCGGUGGUUCCUUGCGCUCCAGGACUUCCACUUUACCAUACAACACCGGGCGGGGACAGCAAACGCCAACGCGGACGGCCUCUCCAAGAUAGGGGCAGCUUUCGCAGGUCUGUCAGGCUCCACUCCCCACCCUCCCCAUAUCUCCCCAUUGUCCCGCAGGCGCAGGUCGACGCUUAGGGGGGGGGAGUGUGACAUGCGUCCCGAGCGCUCGUCAGCGUCGCCCUGGCAACACAGUGGAAUCACCGGCACUAGCUCAUCACGGGCUGAGCGGCCGCACCUGCAGCUCGUCAAGCGGCGCCUACUUAGGCAGAGGAGGAAAGCAGUGUGGUGAGGAAUGUCUCCCGACGAAGACACUAACCCUUGCCUCCUCUGUUUCAGAGAGCAGCGUGUGACCGUCAGCCCCAACCAGGAGAGCACAGCACGGGAUCCACCACUCAAGACACAGAGAGCACAAGGGACUUGGAGCACCACGGAGAGCACCGCCUUCACUCAGAGCACCAUUCAUUGAAUAAAUCCACCCUUCGGGGACUUUCUCUGUCCAUCGG